CGAAGGCUUUCGUGAGAAGUUUCUUGAUUCGAUCGAUUCUCUCUCUAUUUGUAUCUCCCGCUUUUGGCGCCCAUCCAAAUACCUCCGAAAAACCCACCAGAGUUGAGGGUUUCACCGCCAUUGAUGGAGCAGCAGGAGGAGGUCGAGGAGGCGCACGGCCCUUUCCCUGUCGAACAGCUUCAGUUGUAGACUCGCUCAAAGCAAGUCCAAAGAACACGACUAUAAAUUCUUAAUCUCGACCCAACUUUCCAACUGGAACGAUCCGUAGCCCAUUUCUUAAGAUGAUCUGCACCCUCAAUUUCCUAGCCCACGUUUUCCCUCCAACCACCGCUUCGACGGCGGCGGCGCCUGUAGCUGGCGGAUGGCUGAACCAAAUAUUCGAAUCAGUACCAAUGAUGUCCUCUCCUCCUCACAUGUUGUGUAUGAUUGAUUCAGUUGAUUGUCGCUAACUUUCGUCGAACCGAUCAUUUUGAGGAGUUGUUCAAAUCCUUUCUCCAAAUUUAUGGUUUCUACUUGAGAUCAUUUUGAGGAGUUGUUCAAAUCUGGUUCGAAAUAUAUGAUUUCUACUUGAGGUUUUCCUAGGAACAUCUGGCUAUGGCUUUAGUUAAAUUCCAGUUAGCAAAAAGGAUUCAAUCCCUACAAUCAAUAUGUCCAUUUUUUGGAUGCCCUAAAACUUCAUUCUCCAAUUCAAGUUUAGAUCAGAGAGGUAUUUCUAACAAUGUAGCAAUCUUUUGGGAUCUAGUUAAUAAGCCACCGAAGCCGUUUCUUCCGUACGAUGCAGCAACUAGGCUAAAGAACACUGCCCAAGGAUUUGGAUUUGUUAAACAUAUGAUUGCUUAUGCCGAUCGUAAUUUGUAUAGUUAUGUCCCUCCUUCGAUUAGUUCGCAAAGAGGAGAAAGGAAAGCAUCGAAUGAGAUAGGGACAAAGGUUGUCGAACCGUAUGUGUGUGGAGUUUGUGGCAGGAGAUUUUACACUAAUGAGAAGCUCGUAAAUCAUUUUAAGCAAAUUCACGAGAGCGAGCAUGUGAAACGGAUGAAUCAGAUCGAGACAGCGCGAGGGAGUCGGAGGAUGAAUCUUGUUGCAAAGUAUGCUAUGAAGAUGGAUAAGUAUAGAAAAGCUGCUAGGGAUCUUAUGGCCCCAAAACUCGGGUAUGGUUUUUCGGAUGAGCUUAAACGGGCCGGGUUUCGGGUUAGUGUAGUUUCGGAUAAGCCUGAUGUUAUGUUGAUUAAUCACAUGGUGGAUGUGAUGGAUAAAAGAGAAGUUAAAUGUUUGUUUCUUGUGUCGGAUGAUUCGGGUUUUGUCGGGGUUUUGCAAGAAGCGAGAUUGAGGCGUUUGAAAACAGUCGUUGUUGGUGAUGCCAAUGAAGGUUUGCUUAAAAGGACAGCCGAUGCUUCAUUUUCUUGGUGGGAAAUUUUGAGGGGGAAAGCUAAGAAAGAGUCGGGUUCGGUUGUUGGGAAAUGGAAGGACCAGAAUGUGUUGCGGAGAUUGGAAUGGAGGUAUGAUCCGGAGGCGGAUAAGAAGAUUUAUUUUGAUGAAAUUGAGGGGUUGGAUGCCGGGUGGUGUAGUUCGGAUGAGUCGAGAGGAUCUGUUUUGGGAGAGGGAAAUGACAGGGCGUGGUGGGAAUUGGAUUCUCGAUCCGAAAGAGGGGGGAAAGAUCCGGAAUGAUUGCGGCGAGUAUACAACUAGGAAUUCUGAGUCUGGUGGACCUGGAGGCAUAGUAAGUUUGAAUUCAUGACUUCACUGUCAGGUUCACUUCCUACACCACCGGGCCAUUCCUCGAGACAUUAAUGCUUCAUUAUUAAGCUUACGUGUGUGAAUCAGAUAACAGCUAAAUCUCUCUGGGAGUAUGGGAGUGUUUGUGCUGGGUUUAAUUGCUGUUCGUUAGACGAAUUUGGGACCAACAACAUUGAAUGUAAUGAUGGUUAUUGAAACGGCUGUCGUGUAAUCGAAGCGGCCAUAGCAAACAUCCAACAAUUCAAAUAACAUCGAUUCCCUCCCUCGAUGUGAUUUAUUGUCACACGCAUUGUCCGGACAUCUCUCAACAUAAUUAUUUGUAGAAAAGCAAACUGGAAUAAAUAGAGAUGCCACUUAAAAACAAGAAAAUCGAGCAAUGUCACCUGAGCCGGCAGUUUUGACAGAAUAAAGCACAGGGUAACAAUGAGUGUGCGCCGCUGCUGCUGCUGCUGCUGCUACCCAGGAACUCGGAAACAGCUAGGCAGGAGAAGAGUGAAUAUCGCAAAAAGAACAAAAUAACCAAACUAACACAAGAUC